GCCACAGCCGCACAGGCCCCAGCACCCGCCACCCUGCCGGUCCGCAGUUACUGGGGCCUGGCCUCUGCAGGAUGGGCUGGCCCGUGGAGGGCGAGUCCCCGAUUCGAUCCGUGGGCACCUGGCUCCUGCUCUGCACCUGUAUGUGCAGCUGCCACACCUGCCUGGGAGUCUCUGUCCCCCGGCAGAGAGGAGGUGAGGGGCUGAGGGCCGGGCCUCUCACCUGUCUCACGGACAGCAUCCUCAGGAUCGACUGCCGAUGGUCUGGCCCGGAGUUGUCUCAGGACUCUGGUCCUUGGCUUCUCUUCACCAGCAACCAGGCCCCUGGCGGCGAGCACAGGUGCGUUUUCCAGGGCAGCACAUGCACCAUGGAGCUGCCCCCCGAAGAGAUGAUCCUGCCAACUGACAACUUCACCAUCACUCUCCACCGCCGCCUGUCUGGGAAGGAGCAGGUCAGCCUGGUGGACCGCCAGUAUCUCCCGUGGAGACACAUUAAACUGGACCCUCCUUCUGAUCUGCGGAGCAACGUCAGCUCUGGCUAUUGCGUCCUUUCCUGGAGCGUGAGUCCUGUCCUGGAGCCGAUGAGUGCACUUCUCAGCUAUGAGCUGGCUUUCAGACGGCGGGGAGAGGCCUGGGAGCAGGCCCGGUACAAGGACCGCAUUGUGGGUGUGACCCGGCUCAUCCUCGAAGCCGUGGAGCUGAGCCCCGGCUCCACUUAUGAGGCUAGACUGCGCGUCCAGAUGGCUGUCCUGGAUGCUGAGGUGGUAGCGGAGGAGCCUCUGUGGAGCCAGUGGAGUGAAUGGAGCCAGCCUGUGUGCUUCCCCUCUCCCCAGGAGCAGGGACCCCGGAGCCCCUGGAGGUGGCUGCACUGCACCCUUGUUGCUGUGUCUGUCUGUCUCCUGUUGACUGGCCUGACCUGCCUUCUCCUCAGGCUGUCUCCCCGGGUGAAGAGAACCUUCUACCAGAAUGUGCCCUCUCCCGCCGUCUUCUUCCAGCCCCUCUACAGUGUGCACAAUGGGAAUUUCCAGACCUGGGCAGGGGCCGACAGAGUCUGUCUGCAGCCAGGCCAGGACUGUGCUAACAGCUCUCCAGGAACCUGGGAGGCCAUCACACUGCUAACCUGUGGCCCAGGACACGCUUGGACCCUCUCAGGCCUCAAUGAGGAGGAAGGCAGCCCAGGGGGUGUGUUGCAGGCAGAGGGGGGACAGCCGUCGGGCUACCUCCCCCAGGAGGACUGGCUCUGCCUGCCUCCCACCAGGCUGGCUCCCCCAGAGUCAGAGGGGAGCAGCGACUACUGUGCCUUGGGCUGCUGUGGUGGGUGCCAUGCCUCUGUGUUCCCCAGAAACAUGCAAAAUGCUGAGUCCAUCCCAGACUUGGCCCGUGGCCUUUCCUAUGUCCAGCAGACCCCAGAAACCCAGCAAAGGGCUGCCUGUAAGGAAGCUGGCCACAGUCAGAGGUGUGCACUGUUUGAGGACCCACAGGGCAUUUGGCUCUCUCCCAUUCUGGGCCAGCAGCAGGCUGUCCUGAAAAUUCCAGAACUCUGACUUUAUCCAGUUGCUUCAUGUGCACAUUGAGAAAAGUGGAUGAAAGCACCUGUUGCUGACUGUUGCUGGGCCUGGGCCUCCUGAGAAGGGUCGCUCCACACUGGUCCGAGGCCCUCAUGUGGAUGGAGCAGGGCCCCUCGUCAGUCCUCAGCCCUGUGGGGAGGGUCCCUGCCCUCAGCAUCCUGACACCCAGCCUCUUUUGUCCUUUUCCCCCUUGUGGUUUUGCCCCAGGCCUCUCUGAGAAGAAGGGUGUAGAUAUACAGCUUGUUCCAUCCUCCCCCUGUAAAGGGCCAGCCUGGGCUCGGUGGACACAGGCGAGACACCAUGACCAGCUGGAACAGCCUCUUCAUGAACCUUCCUGAGUCACUUUCCCCACUGAGUUUACAAGGGACAUCUUGGCUGUUCUAAGUGCAGAUGAUCCAAGCGCUGGGAUCCUGCGAUCCAGCAUCAGCAGCGUAGAGGCUCACCAGCUCCAGACGUCAUACC